ACCCCAUCCUUUCCUCACAAGUAGAUCAAUCUUCCAAGUUCUCCUUCAAGAUAUCCCGAAUUUGAUCAACCAAAACCAAGAAACUAAAGAUGUUGAUGUCGACACCUUCUUCUGCGAGUGCAAUGGUUUUGCCACUGCGGAAGGAGCAUAAGGCGUGUACACGUUUAGAUGUUAAAGCCCAAAGCUUACGAGACGAAGGGAGAUCGAGUAAUCUUGUGGAUUCGAAUAUAAAGCUUUUGAAAGAGAGGAUAGAGGUGAUGAGAGCAAAAGAGAGAUUGCAGCGGAGUCACAUACCAUACGGAUGGGAUUAUGCAUCAAAACACAUACAAAAACGUCCAAAAAAACAACCGGAGUUUCUACAAACAAUAGCUUUAAUGUGUGGCGCGUCUAGUUUAUCGAUUUUCAUUGGCACAGUCUUUCUUUGUAUUUUUUCCAUCGUUGUACAUCUCCAAGUAUAAACAAUCACAAUCAAAAGGAGUAUUUAGCCAAAACAAAUUCAAGUAUUUUUGAAGUUAUUUUGGUUUGCACUUUUUCUUGUACAUGUAUCUCAUUUUUUGUUUAAUUAAAUAUUGGAAAUAUUAUAUAUAAUAAUUAAUAUGUAAGGUUUUUAUGCUGCUCGAA